AUGGCUUCACACGGCCAAUACCCCCCUGCGCAUAUGAUGCCCAACAAGCAUCAUCACCAUGCCCCUUACGGCUCUCCUGUGGCCAUCCCUGGAGGCGCUCCGGCUGGUACCUUCGCCCCAGGCACCAAGAUCCAGGUUGGCAGCCACCGCGUGGUGAUUCAGAAAUAUCUCUCCGAGGGAGGCUUCGCCCAUGUCUACCUCGUCAAGCUGGCCAAGCCUGUCGACGGCACCGAUCAGGCUGUCUUGAAGCGAGUUGCGGUCCCCGAUAAGGAUACCUUGCGGGGCAUGCGCAUCGAGGUUGAGACAAUGAAGCGUCUGAAAGGCCACCGACCGAUCGUCACAUACAUCGACUCGCAUGCCUCCGAGCUUCAAGGAGGGGGAUACGAAGUUUUUCUGCUCAUGGAGUUUUGCAAUGGCGGUGGCUUGAUCGAUUUCAUGAACACCAGGCUACAACACCGCCUAACGGAGCCAGAGAUCCUCAACAUCUUCACCGACAUCGCUGAGGGUGUCGCGUGCAUGCACUACCUAAAACCACCACUUCUCCACCGCGACAUCAAAGUCGAAAACGUUCUUAUUACCGCCAGAGGAUCGUCCAAACGAUUCAAGCUUUGCGAUUUCGGUUCAGCCGCAUCACCUCGUCCCGCCCCCACUACCGUCACCGAAUGUCGUCUUAUGGAUGAAGAUGUACAGAAGCACACCACAAUGCAGUACAGAAGUCCCGAGAUGAUCGAUGUAUACCGCAAGCAACCCAUAAACGAGAAAUCUGAUAUUUGGGCAUUGGGAGUUUUACUGUAUAAGCUGUGCUAUUACACUACUCCCUUUGAGGACCAGGGCCAAUUGGCUAUUUUGAAUGCCAGUUACAGAUUCCCUAGCCACCCUGUAUUUUCUGACAGGCUCAAGAAAUUGAUAGCAUCAAUGUUGAGGGAGAACUUACAAGAUCGACCUAAUAUCUUCCAAGUACUAAAGGAAGGAUGCGCCAUGCAAGGACGUGAUGUUCCCGUUCAAGAUAUUUACAGUCGUCCGCAAUCCCAUGCAAGAACCGAUAGUCCUCAACCCAAGGCCCCAAAACCAGAACAAACUCCUGCUGUGGGUGCCGUGUUUACGCGAGCUGAACCUCAGAAGCAAGUUAUUCCUGAUGUUGUACCGAUGCGAAGAGGACGACCAACAGUUUCGCCGGCUCCAGCCAAGGUAGCCCAGAAGCCAGAUUCUUCUCCGAUGAGAAAGACUGAGGGAGACCCAUUUGCUGCCCUUGAUUCCAAACCUGCUUCCAAAGGAUUUGACGAACUUUCCUCAAGAUUCCCUACCCUCGAUCAAUUUUCACUAUUGCAUGAUCAAGGCACCAAAUUCGAUUUUGAUGUCUCUUCACCUAUCUCACCCACAGGCGGCAAUACGCCAUCUGAUUUGAACGAAAGAGUGACAGCAAAACUGGCCGACGAGGCAUUCGCAGCGCCGCAGACCGAACCCCCUCGACCGAAGCCAGUGUCUAGAACACACUCGGUCACGCCUGUGGGACACCAUGCUGCAGUUGCUUCACCUCCCUUGGAGCCCCCGCUUGCUAAGACUUUAUCCGCACCAAGUAGACCCGACAUUAGCAGGGCGCAGUCCAUCAUUAGCAACAACCCCGAGCUGCAGGCGAUCUCUUCUCAAUCUAACUCGCGAUAUGUCUCGACUGGCACGAUGACCUCGACACCUCCACCUGAGAAGUUCAGCCGGGAUGUGGAACGGCCUGUUCAGCGCGAAAUCGCUGAAUAUUCUCGUUCCAGCAGCGCUACAAGGCAGGUUGACCCGAGUGCAGCGCAGUGGAAUGCAGAGGAACCCCGUGCUGCAGUCUCACAAAGAAUUUCGGCUUUUCAGCAGCCUAGUCAUGAACGUCAGCCAUCUUCAUCGAGGCCCUCACUCGAAGGCGGCCGUCCUCGUGCUGAUUUCUUAGAACCUGCUGCUCGCGCCUCGCCAGCCCCUUCGCGGCCACGACCUGCCAGUACGAAUCUUGAGGGUACGACUCUGGAUUUUCUGCGUGAAAGAGAGGCUGCGUCACGCUCAUCAAGCCGACCUCCUCAAUCUCGCUCGCCCUACCAAGAGCCAGCUGACGAACCACGUACGUCGAGCGAUAUGGAGUUCUUGAGAAGUCUGGAGGAUUCGGAGCGAACCAAAUCUAGCAAGCGUUCCAGCUUGACUUCGCUUUCUGGCAAUAAGAAUAUUCUGGCAGGAAAAUUCGGUGACGCAUUUAAGCGAUUUGAAGGCAGCUCCCCCAACAAUGGAAGAAUCCCUUCGCCAGAAAGGGAUAUGGCACGUCGUGAUCUCACUCCUAUCGCGGGCUCUGAGGCAACUGAUGGACGCAGUGAUGAUGGUCAUUUCCACGACGACGAGGAUCGCAUGACACCUGAAAUGAGGCGGGAAAUGGAACGACUGAAGCUCCAGGAGGAGGAACAGCGCGUGGAAGCAGCACAAGCCGAAUAUCGAAAGCGGGUUGCUGCAGGACAACGCGGACCACCAGUUCCGCCUAAGAGUAUCGGGGGAGUUUCCCGAGCUGUCAGCAUUCAGAACAGGGUUCAGAGUCUCUUGAAUGAAGACCAAAAGCCGGCCAGCAUUCAAAGAACUGCCCAAGGUUACGGAAAGUACACUGAUGUUCCGGAGACUGGCAACAAGCCCGAUAAGCCUCUUCCUGGAGUUCCCAAGAAGCCCUUGAUGGUGGCAAAAACACGGGUCGAAUCACCUCAAGCACGAGGUCCUUCUUCGACAUCUUCUGCACCCCCAGCUCUUACAUCCAAACCUCCGGCGAAACCCCCAGCUCCAAAGAAGCCAGUGCAUCUCAAUAGUCUGCCUACUGGCCAACGACCAUCAUCACCCCAAAAGCCCACACGGGCCCAAACAUCGACGGAAGAGCUGAUUGAGUUUCCCAGACAACAAAUGGUGGACAUGACAGCUAAAGAGAAGGAUGAUUAUAUUCAGGACUUUUCCAAAAGGUUCCCCAGUCUAGGUUCGAUCGAAAUGGUCGAGCGAGAGAUUGGGGGCCAGAACGGAGGAUCAAGCCGGUAA